AUGGCGCCGACCGCGCACCAGCUGCUGCCCAAGGUCUGGCGGGUUGCCAGGUUUGCCUUUGAGAAGGCAUCCCGGGCUUUGUGGGCAAGACUGCCCGAGACAGGCCAACCUUCACAUUUAAAGCUUCAACCAGUAUAUGCCCAUAUCAAACACCGUCAACCUAUCAAUCGAGCAGCGGCAAUUCGCCAAGGCCAGAGUCGCUAUUUCUCAACCCUUCGCGCGUCCUCACGACGUCUUGUUGCCAGGACUAUACCGUCUUCAAAAAUUGGCACCGCAGUCAACCGCUUGACAACUCGAACACCAUUUGCCACGACUUUAAGACCAAAUCUCACCGGCGGCACCCUCUGUCGGACCGCCGGUGGAUACAGCAUUGGCGCAGGCCGCAUAGGUGGGGCAAGAUAUUUCUCGAACAGCCCGGCAUGCCCUGCUCAAGUGGUUCAAAACGUGUCUGCCGCUGUCCGAGCAUUUUGGCUUUCUGGCCAGAGAGCUAGAUUCGAUGGCAUUGAUAAGAAGACUGGUCGCAAACAAUACAAGACGGUAACCGCCCUGCAGGCAGAGGCAAGCCGAAAAAUGGCAGAUACUCCCUGCAGUGCCGCCGGUUCUUAUGUCGACUUCAAGGUAUCUCCGACAAUCACUGCUUUCGGUUGUCUUAAAGAAAUGCAAUCAUCAUCGACGUCCUCAUUCAACUGUGAGCAAAUCACCCUCAAUACACCUUCAUUGAUGGAUUUGCUCUCUGGCGACCUCGCCCGUGCUUUGAAGGAUUUUGUCGCCGUUGUAAAUGAUUUGAAGAAGCUCUCCACAUUGGGAGACUUGCCUGUAGCACUGCAUGACCAGUCUACAAUCCGUAUUCGCUUCCCUGGAUGCGAUGCAGAGUCUGUGGAACGGUUAUGUAUCGAGGUUGGCGUCCAGCGCGGCAUUAUCCACCAAGAUGCGGACUUUGAGUCCCGAAACGGUGCCCAGAUGGCAUUACUCUUCCCCUUUGCGCCGAGCCAUCACGAGUCUGAGUCCGAGCUCUUUUCCUUCUAUGACCCUCCGGCUGUAUCGCCUGACAAGCUUGACUGGCGGGAGAUGAUGCUUUCGGAAAAAACACAACGCUCGACAAGCACCAACUGGAAAGACUAUCAAUAUGUUUCCAGCGCCGAGCAGAAUCCCUGGGCCCGCUCGCUCUCCGGCUACGAGAGUAUGGACAUCAGCGAUCUCGGUGAUCGGGCGUUUUUCCCCGACAUCCCCGAAGUCACUACGCCUAGCAAAGGGUCAGACUUCGGGGGCUUUGAAGGCAUUUACAAGUUCCUCGAGGAGUGCGAUAGAGCACGGCGCUAG